ACAACGAGCUUCUGCGCCGGCAGUUUGCCGAAAAGGCCAACGCGGUCGGACCAUGGAUCGAACGACAGCUCGAUGCCGUCACUGCCAUUGGUCUUGGACUACAAGGUACUCUGGAAGAUCAGUUGCAUAGACUAAAGGAGUACGAGCAAGCUGUGUACGCGUACAAGGCUCAUCUCGAGGAACUCGAGAAGAUACACCAGGCAGUACAGGAGGGUAUGAUUUUCGAGAACCGCUACACUCAGUACACCAUGGAGACGCUUCGUGUAGGCUGGGAGCAGCUUCUCACCUCCAUCAAUCGCACCAUUAACGAGGUCGAGAACCAGAUACUCACGCGCGACUCCAAGGGUAUCACGCAAGAACAGCUCAGCGAAUUCCGCAGCAGCUUCAACCACUUCGACAAGAACCGAACGGGUCGACUUGCGCCAGACGAGUUCAAAUCCUGUUUGGUAUCGCUUGGCUAUUCGAUCGGCAAAGACAGACAAGGCGACAUCGAUUUCCAGCGCAUACUCGCGAUUGUCGAUCCCAACAACUCUGGUUACGUGCAGUUUGACGCCUUCCUCGACUUCAUGACUCGCGAGUCGACGGACACAGACACCGCUGAGCAGGUCAUCGACAGUUUCCGCAUUCUCGCGGGAGAUAAGCCUUACAUUUUGGCCGACGAGUUGAGAAGGGAGCUUCCACCUGAUCAGAGUGAAUACUGCAUACAGAGGAUGACACCCUACAAGGGACCCAACGCCAUUCCCGGGGCUCUUGAUUACCGCUCGUUCUCGACCGCCCUUUACGGCGAGUCGGAUUUAUAAGCUAAAAUCACACGACAAACUUAAAAAAAAAUCAUGUAAAUUUUAGGAUCUCUCAAGAGCGAUUCGUCCACGAUUUUCUCUGCUCGCCUCGAAAGAGUCAACAAUACAAAUGCGAUCGGAGUAUUUGAAUUAAAAAAAAAA